AUGGGGACGGCGGCGGCCGCAGGAGGCGGCGGCGGAGGGACGCGCCGGUGGCUCCCGUGGCUGGGGCUCUGCUUCUGGGCGGCCGGGGCCGCGGCGGCCCGAGGCACUGACAAUGGUGAAGUCCUUCCUGAAUCCAUCCCAUCAGCUCCUGGGACACUGCCUCAUUUCAUAGAGGAGCCAGAUGAUGCUUACAUCAUUAAGAGUAACCCGAUUGCACUCAGGUGCAAAGCGAGGCCAGCCAUGCAGAUAUUCUUCAAGUGCAACGGCGAGUGGGUGCAUCAGAAUGAGCACGUGUCUGAGGAAAGCCUGGACGAGAGUUCAGGCUUGAAGGUCCGAGAGGUGUUCAUCAACGUCACCAGGCAGCAGGUGGAGGACUUCCACGGACCGGAGGACUACUGGUGCCAGUGCGUGGCCUGGAGCCACCUGGGUACCUCCAAGAGCAGGAAGGCCUCCGUGCGCAUAGCCUAUUUACGGAAAAACUUUGAACAAGAUCCACAAGGAAGGGAGGUUCCCAUAGAAGGCAUGAUCGUGCUGCACUGCCGCCCGCCGGAGGGGGUCCCUGCUGCUGAGGUGGAAUGGCUGAAGAAUGAGGAGCCCAUCAACGCUGACCAGGAUGAGAACGUCGACACCAGAGCUGACCACAACCUGAUCAUCAGGCAGGCGCGGCUCUCGGACUCGGGGAAUUACACCUGCAUGGCCGCCAACGUCGUGGCCAAGAGGAGGAGCCUGCCAGCCACCGUGGUGGUCUAUGUGAAUGGAGGCUGGUCUUCCUGGACAGAGUGGUCAGCCUGCAAUGUUCGCUGUGGUAGAGGAUGGCAGAAACGUUCCCGGACCUGCACCAACCCAGCUCCUCUCAAUGGUGGGGCCUUUUGUGAGGGAAUGUCAGUGCAGAAAAUAACCUGCACUUCUCUUUGUCCCGUGGAUGGGAGCUGGGAAGUGUGGAGUGAAUGGUCCGUCUGCAGUCCCGAGUGUGAGCAUCUGCGCAUGCGCGAGUGCACCGCACCACCCCCGAGAAACGGGGGCAAGUUCUGCGAAGGUCUAAGCCAGGAAUCCGAAAACUGCACAGAUGGGCUCUGCAUUCUAGAUAAAAAACCUCUUCAUGAAAUAAAACCCCAAAGCAUUGAGAAUGCCAGCGACAUUGCCCUGUACUCGGGCCUGGGUGCUGCAGUCGUGGCCGUUGCUGUCCUGGUCAUUGGCGUCACUCUUUAUAGACGGAGCCAGAGUGACUAUGGAGUGGAUGUCAUUGACUCUUCUGCAUUGACAGGUGGCUUCCAGACCUUCAACUUCAAAACAGUGCGUCAAGGUAAUUCCCUGCUCCUGAAUCCUGCCAUGCAACCAGAUCUGACAGUGAGCCGAACAUACAGUGGACCCAUCUGUCUGCAGGACCCUCUGGACAAGGACCUCAUGACAGAGUCCUCACUCUUUAACCCUUUGUCUGACAUCAAAGUCAAAGUCCAGAGCUCAUUCAUGGUUUCCCUGGGAGUGUCUGAGAGAGCCGAGUACCACGGCAAGAAUCAUUCCGGUACUUUUCCCCACGGCAACAACCGCAGCUUUAGUACACUGCAUUCCAGAAAUAAAACGCCCUACAUCCAAAAUCUGUCAUCACUCCCCACAAGGACAGAACUGAGGACAACUGGUGUCUUUGGCCAUUUAGGGGGGCGCUUAGUCAUGCCAAAUACAGGGGUAAGUCUACUCAUACCGCAUGGCGCCAUCCCAGAGGAGAAUUCUUGGGAGAUUUAUAUGUCCAUCAACCAGGGUGAACCCAGCCUCCAGUCAGAUGGAUCUGAGGUGCUCCUGAGUCCUGAAGUCACCUGUGGUCCCCCAGACAUGAUUGUCACCACUCCUUUUGCACUGACCAUUCCACACUGUGCGGAUGUCAGUUCUGAGCACUGGAAUAUCCAUUUAAAGAAGAGGACACAGCAGGGCAAAUGGGAGGAAGUGAUGUCAGUGGAGGAUGAAUCCACAUCCUGUUACUGCCUUUUGGACCCCUUUGCUUGUCAUGUGCUCCUAGACAGCUUCGGGACAUAUGCCCUCACGGGAGAACCAAUCACAGAGUGUGCCGUGAAGCAACUCAAGGUGGCAGUUUUUGGCUGCAUGUCCUGUAACUCCCUGGAUUACAACUUAAGAGUUUACUGUGUGGACAAUACCCCUUGUGCAUUUCAGGAAGUGGUCUCGGAUGAAAGGCAUCAGGGCGGACAGCUGCUGGAAGAACCCAAGCUGCUGCACUUCAAAGGGAACACCUUUAGUCUCCAGAUCUCUGUCCUCGAUAUCCCCCCUUUCCUCUGGAGAAUUAAACCAUUCACUGCAUGCCAGGAGGUCCCGUUCUCCCGCGUGUGGUGCAGUAACAGGCAGCCCAUGCGCUGUGCCUUCUCCCUGGAGCGCUACACACCCACCACCACCCAGCUGUCCUGCAAAAUCUGCAUCCGGCAGCUCAAAGGCCAUGAACAGAUCCUCCAAGUGCAGACAUCGAUCCUAGAGAGUGAAAGAGAAACCAUUACUUUUUUUGCACAAGAGGACAGCGCUUUUCCUGCACAGACUGGCCCCAAAGCCUUCAAAAUUCCCUACUCCAUCAGACAGCGGAUCUGUGCUACAUUUGAUACCCCCAAUGCCAAAGGCAAGGACUGGCAGAUGUUAGCACAGAAGAACAGCAUCAACAGGAAUUUAUCUUAUUUUGCUACACAAAGUAGCCCAUCUGCUGUCAUUUUGAACCUGUGGGAAGCUCGUCAUCAGCAUGAUGGUGACCUUGACUCCCUGGCCUGUGCCCUUGAAGAGAUUGGGAGGACACACAUGAAACUCUCAAACAUUAAGGAAUCCCAGCUUGAUGAAGCCGACUUCAACUACAGCAGGCAGAAUGGACUCUAAUGCCCUUCCUCUCAU